AUGAACCGAACCCGAAGUCGUCGGCUCCAGUUGGUAGCUCCGCCUUUUGUUCGCAGAUAAAGGGUUGGCCGAUUGGCACCUGAUGAGUGACAGGCGACGCCGCCUGGAGCACGACCCGAACCGACGGGUUUGAAUGCCUCCUGCAAUCAGCGGCGAAGUGAGAAGAUGAGAAAGUUCGAACAUUUCUCGCAACGGAGGUGUCUUGGUGCGAAUUUGCCGAUUUCCCACCUACAAAACACUUUUUGAAUGAUAGAUUGGAGUUUCUCAAGAUGCUACCUGCGAAAGUUUCCCUUUUUGAAGGAGUAAUACUCUAAUUCUCAUGUGUAACACAGGAACAACCGUAGUACUAAAACUUCAGAAAACUAACAGUUUGACGUGAUUCAGAAUCCGACAGUCCCUGACUGCAAAAACUUCCAUUUAUGAAGAUAUGAUUUCCCAGAAUUCGCGUUCAUAUCUCUGCAUCUUCGAAAUAAUUUUCAAGAGUUUCCAAACAACUUUUCAAAUUUUUUAUACAAAAUUUCAGUUGAAACCUCCAAAAUUUCUGCAUUUCGAGCCGAAAAAUGAAAAUAAAUUGUCCGCAUGUUUCAUUCAAAAGUCGGAGUGAUCACUCUAGGGACGUCUGGUCAAAUUCCGAUGCAAAAUAUCAUAGACAAUCUUCCAAAAGAAAAAGAACUUGUGAGAAAAUCCCAUUAAAAAACAUUUUUUAGCAUAAUUUCAAGCCAAAAAAGCGAAAAACUUCCUUAACUUUACUAAAAUUUCAACUGAAAAUUUAAUACCAGUUUUUUGAAAAAAAAUUUUUUUGCAAUUUCAUUCAAGGCUAUCGUGUUUUCAGUUUCAUUUCCAGCAUAAAAACUGAAUUUUCCAGUCAUUUCAAUUCAAGCUUCAAGUUAUCACUUCAGGGCUGACCUGAGCGUGCUUGGUUACGAUUGCGCCCAUUUCUCCGAACGAGGUCUAUCUCUCCUUCACUUGGCCAUGUGGAAUGCGCUCGUGACACGGGCACCUAGUCGGUGAGUGGCCUCUUUGCCGUCGGCCGGUCCCAUGGUGUAGUGGUUAGCACUCAGGACUUUGAAUCCUGCGACCCGAGUUCGAAUCUCGGUGGGACCUAUUCUCUUUUGCCAUUUUUUCUCUUGCAGCCUGGCGCAAUACCGACCUUCUACCGAUCCGAUUUUGUGUCCUGAUCCGAAAUGCCCUUUCCUGAGGACCGCUGCCAAUAGCGAUCUGUGUGUUUUUGCGCCGUUGGACGUGAGUUUCAGCUAAAACUUUGAAAAAAAAACUUUAUAUUUUUUUCUGAACUUCCAGAUGAAUUCUUUCUUUUAUCACUACUUAUUACUAGUUACAAAGUAAAUAUAUUAAGUUCUAGUAAAAGUUAUGAACAAAAGGAAUUUCUUUAAUGGUAAAAUUUCAAGUUUCUGGCAGGAAAUUUGUAGGAAAGGUCUUUUUUCCAAGAAUUAAUUCAAAAAUAAGUCGGCGAUUUUGAAGGAAUCCUACAUCUCGAUGAUGUCGCACGUGAUCGUCAUCGUCGUCCUGGUGAUAACCAUCAUUUUGGCCUGCCUGAUCCUUUUCUGCGUUUGCAACUCGCGUCGAGUGUCCCACGUCUCGAAAACCCCUGCCAAAGCGUUCGGCGCCAGUUUCAGCUCCAUCAAGUUUAUUGAUGAAGACGUUAUCUAA